UCCAAACAUGGCCGCUCGCAUGUGAAUGUCAUGCCACUAAAAUCCUUCAUGUGAAUGAGUUCAUUUCAGGUGUAACUGGUUAGAGUGGAGGUUUAAACGUAAAUCUGAUCUAACGGGGUUUUUUGUUUACUUUAUCCAUUAAAGUUAGUCACGCAUUGGUAAGUCCAGAAUUUCCUCGGAUCCGAAGAUCUAGAGACCAGCUUACUGAACACAUUAGCAAACCAGUGGCUCGCCACCGAGUCGGUUGAGAUGGAUCCUGACCAGCAGCUGAGAAACCUGCGGGAUUUCCUUUUGGUUUACAACCGCAUGACUGAAAUCUGCUUCCAGCGCUGCACAAGCAACUUCAACUACAGGAACCUCACAAUGGACGAGGAGCGCUGUGUGGACAACUGUGCUGGGAAGCUGAUUCGCACAAACCACCGCUUGAUGGGCACGUAUGUGCAGCUGAUGCCUCGGAUGGUGCAGCGAAGGAUGGAGGAGAUGGAGAGCAAGGCUGCAGAGAAUGCAAAGGCAGCCGAGGCUGCAGCUACACCUGGAACCAUUGGGACUGGAGCCGAAGCCACACCAUCAAUUCAGACAUCUAUAAGUUCAUCUCCACCUACUCAGAUAACCUCUUCAGUGACUGAAGUAGCAUCAGAAGUCCAUGACUCACCCUUAAAACCAGCAGCAUUAGCAAUUCCAGCUAAUACAGUAGCCACAGGAAUAGGUUUAUCAGCCAGCGCACCACUUACACCCAGGACUGAUGGUGUAAAUGUCUCAGAGCUUAAAGAAACUGGAUUAGGAUUUCCUCAGCCUGCUGUAUCUGGAAUCCAGAAUGACUUUGGCAGCCCUAAAGCAUCACCAUGACCAGAAAAUGGACCAAAAGGCAGAUCCUACAGAGUCUAAAUCAUGAGGCCUGACAGGCCAAGAGAGUCAUGAAUCAAAGAAGUCUUACCGGUCAAACUGAAAUCUCUGUCCUCAACAUCCAGGCAAAACAAUCUUUGAAAUUUAUGAAAUGAUGAGGAUUAUUUUGACAGAGUACUAUUGUUUUUAUUUUUAUUUUUUUUUUACUUUUUUAGAUUUGUCUUGUGGCUGCAGUCAUAUACAUGUCAUCUUUUUUUUAUUUUAGAUUAAUAAAUAAUUAAAGGAUUGCUGACAAGGUUAACAUAAAGGUAUAGUUCAGGGUUUUUUUUAAAGUUGUUUUCUGAUUAAAAUCUAAAAUGUAUAUGUUUAUGUGCUUUACAGCUGAGGUCCCCAACCCAGGUCCUCACACCCCACUGUCCUGCAUGUUUUAGGUGUUUCUCUGCUUCUUUACACCUGGCUUAAAUAAAUGGGUGAUUAACAGACUUCUGCAGCAACUGGAGCUAAGCAAAUGAGUAAAUGCCACCAUUUUUACCAUUCUGGAAACAUCUAAAAUAUGCAGGGUAGUGGACCUUGAUUACCCAGGUUGGGGGCCUCUGCUUUACAGAUGGAAAAUAAAAACAAAAAAGGAAAAACAUAUACAUUGCAGUGGUGAAGUAAGGGAAAACAGACUACACGUUACGAUGGUCCAGUUAUUAAUCAAAAGUACCUAUAAACAAAUGGUCCUUUAGUCUAUAUUUAAAUUAACAGUAUUUCAGUAUUUUGGGAUUUUCUGGAAGUUUAUUUUGGUGAUUAAGCCCAAAUACAUCCUAAGAAUGAAAUAUGCCAUUCUAAGGCAUUUCAGAAGUAGUAAUUUAUAUAUUUUUUUGUAUAAAAAUGCCAACUCAAUUAAGUAGCUUCUUUGACUUAAAAUCCUCUUACAAGUUCAAUUCAGGUUCACAUUAAAUUCAAUUCAGCUUAUUUACAUAGCACCAAUUCACAACAUAUACUUUCAGUUCAGUCAUACAUAGCUACUAGUUGAUCCUAUUUACCAAACAGUGCAAUACGUUUUGCUCAUUAUUAAAAUUAGCUUUAAAAGGUUUCUAUUGAAGAAAAUCAUUUACAUUUAAUUAAGUUAUAGAUUUGCAGCAUUCACUCAAAUGAGCACGUAGUGACAGCAGAAUCCUUCAUACAGCUUCAUACUGAUGCAUGUUGCAACAGUGAAGAGGAAGAACUACCCUUUUAUACAGAAAAAAGCUCUGGCAGAACCUGGCUCAGUGCAAGCAAGCAUCUCCCACCAAUUGGGAGUUUGAGAAGACAGAGCAGAUACACAAAAAUGAAACAGAAAAACUAAUGUAGGCGUACCUUCUAUGCAAAUAAAAAGUAAAAAGUUAGUAGGAAGUGCUCCACCUCCUACUUCCAUUUUCCAUAUGAAACGGGACAAACAUGACGAUAUAAACUUUAAAGCUACGGUGCUAAAAAGUUAUUUCAGAAAUCCACCUUGGUCUCACUUUCUGUUGAACUAGCUGCUAGCUUUAGAUUUCAAGAUAAGAUAAUGUGGAUUUAGAGUUCAUACCCAUGCCUUUAAAUAGUUACUUCUGUUUGCUGUUAUUAUGUCUGAGAGCUUGGUCAAUUUAAAACAGUGGUGAAAGGUAAUGAGGUCAUGUUGAUGCACUAUGAUGUGCCUAAAAACAGCGCAAGUUAUAAAAGAAAUAGUUAAAAUCCAAAUUUUUCAUGUAACACAUUACGAAAUAAAGAUUGUUAUAUAUCAACAUUUCAGGUUUUCAGUUCUAUCAGUCAUGAGAGACUUAGACAACCUGAAUUACAUCUGAAGGGCAUCCUGCUGGAUGUUCUGACAAAGCUUCAGGUCUGACUGUUAUGACUGUGAAACGAGGUUAUGACCUUGGUCACAUCUGCCUCCUCACAUAGUUUCCUUUGUGUUGCUAUCAAGAUGAUCUCACAUAGCAUUAUCUACUACUGUCAUCUGUUACACACAACAACUGCAAAAUUCAGCAAGAAGUUGAUAGGGUUGGCCAAAAAAAAUUGUGAUGCUUAUAAUUCUAUGGUCAACAUCAGUCGGUUGCAUUCUAAAAAGCUUGAACAAUUGUCUCAUCAGUAAAUAUAAUGGGACAAAAAUGGAUAAAAUAAAAGGCUACUUUGUCUCCACUCUUGUGUCAUCAUAGGGCCUUUUGAUGAUACAAAAGGCCCUUUAGUGCACAUUAUUGCAUUAUUGCACAUUGGUGCAAUAAUGUGCAAUAAUAUAUUACACAUCGAUCCUGGUUCUUGGCAGCCUACUUAGGGGAGGAGUUAUUGUGGUUACUGACAUUCCUACUAGUUCAUGUAAGGAUAUUUCACAUUAAAUUUGUUGUGGUUAGUGCAAUAAAGAACCAAGGUCGCAACAUCUAUCUUUAUGUCUGUGUUGCACCUCCAGGAAGAGUUUUCUAAAACAUGAACCCAAAUAUAUUACACCUUUGGCUAUUUUCUUAAAUAACUGAAUAGUGGCAUUGAGAAUAUCUUUCUAAAUGUAAUUUAAAAAUCAAUGUGAACACUGGCCUAAAAAAGCAUGCAAUUAAGAUACUACUAUAAAGUUGCGAUUUGACUAAACUCAUAAUGAUCAACCCACAUUUUUUGGUAGUUUUCUUCCUUGGUCAUUACAUAUCUACCACUGACCAUGACCUUUACUAUCUCAGAUACUGGUUAGGUGGACAUUAAGGUGAUUUAGAGUACACCCAAAGAGUUGAAUAUGUUAUAAAAUUAAACCAUAACUCUUAUGAAUAUAAUAUCCUGCCACAUAUUGCAGUGCUCUGAGUUUGCUGUAUUGCAGAGUCUGAUGUCGACAUGGUGAUUGCUAUGCUACAUUGUGCAACUCUACUUCUCGAAUAAAAGCAGACUCUGGAGAAACACAGUGAAAUAUUUAUAUAAACUACAGCUCUUCAUUGGCAAGUAUUUACCAUCUUGUUAUUAUGUGAUUAUUUCCUGCUGAUUUCUACCUUUUAUGCCAUUGUUACUUGCAUUACAUAACUACAAUUUUCGGUUUACAAAAAGGUCUGCAAUCCGUUUUGUCCCAUUAUAGCCAUUCACAACAGGUGAUGGCAUAUUGAUAUGUAUUAAGUUCAGCACCUUUUUGAGUCUAUGCCACAAAAAAUAAAGGCAAUUACAGAGACAAAAAUGUGUCGACUCUACCAAGAUAUGCCUUCUAAAGGGACCAAUGAU